AUGAAUAAUUUGCACUUACUGGAGUACGGUUGCAAUGGACCGCUUGUGGCUUGUGCGCAAGAACCCAGAAAUCAACCGGCUACAGAUAGGACAACAACUACGCUUUACUAUCGAGUGGUGAAUGCUGAAUCACGUGAAACCUGCCUUGCGAAUAUUGUCCAAACGGUUUCUGACACCGUGAACAGUGUUGUAGGUGGUGCCCAGUUGACAGUUACCAAGGCUGAAUGGGGAACUUCAGAAAUAACUGCGACAGCCUUGGACGUCACGUCGAAAGUUCUAUUCGAAUUAAGAAAAGAUUUGUUCUCACGAUGGUUCAAUCCAUUGACCACAGUGGCACCGUUCGCGACUAACUGCAUACAUACAGAGGGUGAUAGAUUUCAUACAACUGUGUUGAUGUCUGCAUACUUUAAUGCAAACGAAAAGAAUGCGGCGCAAAUCGCGGAGAUGAAACGUCAAGUGGAAAAUGCAGCUGAUGGUGCUAGCGGUGAAGAGGAAAGCGAGAACAUUAUUCAUUUAUUCAGCGCAGAGGGUAUGACUGAUGAGGACAACAACAAUAACAAUGUCGUGACUGAUAACGACAACACUUACGACAUUGACGAAGAGGAAGGGGAUGAUGAAGAAGACACUGAAGAAACAACAACAGAAGAUACGGAUAGUGAACCAGAAAUUUCCAUCGGUGGAGGGGUAGACGAUCUCGCCAUUAAAAUAACACCAGUGAUUUCUGCUGUUAGCGGUUCUCCGUGGGACCGCCUCUAUAAAAAGCUGAGUGGUCUCAAUACAAAGCUGUAUGACGUUUGUGACUUAUUAAUGCCAACUUUGCGCUCAGUAAAGUUCGAAUGUAGUGCCGCUCUGGUUGCCUGUUCUCAAGAACCGCAAAAUCAGCCGGCCGAUCAGGGGACCUCGGUAACUCUAUACUAUCGACUACCACCAGCCGAAUUGAGAGAUAGCUGUAUUCAAGGCGUCGUCAUACAGGUUGACGGAUAUGUACUCAGAACCUAUUGGGAAACUUCAAAACAAACCGGUGAUACCCCAGUGCCGACUGCAAAAGUGAUCUAUCACUUGCGAAAAGAUCUAUUUGAGCGUUGGUUGGCAACGUCGGGAGAUAUCAAACCAUUAGCCAUUAACUGCCUUUGGACGAUGGCCGGCAUAUUAAAAGUGACGUGGAUGUCAAUUUAUUUUGACUUCGCUAAGUUUGCUGAGGUCGAGAACGUUGAAACCUGGAUCGAAAACGUACUUGAUCAACGUGGAGAUAGUGUCGCUUUGGAGGACUAUGUUGACGAUGUUAUGGGUAGGUGUUGCGCGUUUUAUUUUGACUUCGCUAAGUUUGCUGAGGUCGAGAACGUUGAAACCUGGAUCGAAAACGUACUUGAUCAACGUGGAGAUAGUGUCGCUUUGGAGGACUAUGUUGACGAUGUUAUG